CCAGAGACAGUCAGGUUGUGGUUCCGGUUCCGUCGCGGAGACACGUGAAGGUCGGUGAGUUGGUACGGAGUUUGUCUUGGCAAGUGUGGCGGCGCUGGGAUGGAUUCCUCUUCGUCUUCGUCCGCGGCGGGUUUGGGCUCGGUGGACCCUCAACUGCAACAUUUCAUCGAGGUGGAGACUCAGAAGCAGCGUUUCCAGCAACUGGUGCACCAGAUGACGGAACUUUGUUGGGAGAAGUGCAUGGACAAGCCUGGGCCAAAGUUGGACAGUCGGGCUGAGGCCUGUUUUGUGAACUGUGUUGAGCGCUUCAUUGAUACAAGCCAGUUCAUCUUGAAUCGACUGGAACAGACCCAGAAAUCCAAGCCAGUUUUCUCAGAAAGCCUUUCUGACUGAUCUCAGCAUUAACGUCUUUGGAAAAGGAAGGUACUUCAAGAAAUGAAGAGCGGUUGAUGGGAUAAUUGAAGAAAAGGCAAUGGGGGAAUUGGCUUCCACCUUUGUCACUCUUAGGACAUCCUGUCAUCUGAUUAUGAACAAAGACCAAUACGUGUGUGU